GAGAAUUGUAAUUUACAUGUGUUUUUACUGCCCCAUUGGCAAACAGUGAAAUAACGAAAGUGCAUCAACAAAAUAUACAUACAUAAAUCCAUACAUACAUAUUUACAUAUAUGUGUACAAAAGAUACCAGCGCAACAAGAGCGAACACAGCCAGCAACUAAAGCAAAUUGCAGGAAAGAGCAUUAUCCAUCCAAAGUCUUAGCCAUAACGUGAACGAGACACGUCCAAAGUCAAAGUCUUGCCAUUUUAUCGAAUAAACAAUCUCAACUGCCAGCCAAGGGAAAGAAGAAGAAGUCUUUCAUCAAAAAGGAACCACAACAACAGCAACAGCAACAUAAUAAAACAACGUACAGAACACAUAACACGAAUACGUUUAGAAAUUAAUUGGGGGCAGUAUGGAGCUGGGCCAUGUUUGAACGCUUUCGUUUAGGCAACCUGAGCAGAAACUACCGAUUACGCGGAGCGUCCUCAGAACUGGCGCGCGACAAGAAACAACAGCGGCAGCAAUGCGUCACCGUCCUGUUCCUAGAUGACAUCACGCACACCUUUCGGAUCGAGAAACGUGCGAAAGGCUCUGAACUCUUAGAUCAGGUCUUCCAGUAUCUCGAGUUAUCCGAAAGGGACUAUUUUGGUCUAUUGUUUCCACAGAAGCCAGGCGACGUUGUGAGAUGGGUUGACGCACAGAAGCAAUUCAAGAAGCAAUGCAGCAGCGUCUCGCUCGACAAUGAUGCCGUUCCAUUAUUAGAGUUUAGAGUUAAGUUUUUUGUAAGCGAUCCUAGCCGCUUGCAGGAGGAGUUCACACGCUACCAGUUCUAUCUGCAGAUCAAGCGCCACAUUCUGCUGGGCCAAUUGCCCUGCUCCAGCAAUACCCAGUGCCUGCUUGCCAGCUACACAGUGCAGUCGGAGCUGGGCGACUUCAAUGCCGUGGAGCAUCAGCCGGGCUAUUUGAGUGGCCUGCAGUUGCUGGCAGAGCAAACGCCGGAGGCGGAACGCAAGGUCUGCGAGUUACACAAGCUGCAUCGCGGACAGUUGCCAGCUGAUGCAGAAUACAAUUAUCUGGAGCAUGGCAAACGCUUGGAACUGUAUGGCAUUGAUUUGCACAAGGCCACGGACUCCAAUGGCAAGGAAUUGCAGCUGGGCGUCUCGGCGAUUGGUUUGCUAGUGUUUCAGCAUGCGUUGCGCAUCAACACCUUCUCGUGGAGCAAAAUGGUCAAGGUGUCGUUCAAGCGCAAGGAUUUCUUCAUCCAGUUGCGUCGCGAGCCCAGCGAAAGCUACGACACUUUGCUGGGUUUCGGCAUGAGCAGCCACAAGCAUGCGAAAGCGCUGUGGAAAUCGUGUGUGGAGCAUCACAGUUUCUUCCGGCUGAAGCGGCCGCAUCGACUCUCGCGUUUCCUCAACAUCAGUCUGGGCAGCAAGUUCUACUACUCGGGUCGCACCGAGUUGCAGGCAGUGCAAGAGUCCAAGCAACGCGGUCGCAUACACAAGGUGUUUGUGCGUUCGCCUAGCAAGCGUUUGUUGGCCGGUGGCUCAGGAGCAGGCGGCGGCAGCUCGGCGGAUGGCACUCCACAGCUGUUGCAUAAUGGCACGGGAAGUGGCUCCGACAGCGCUGCCUCGCACAAUGGCAAACCGUCCGCAUCCACCAUACUGACCAUCACAAAAACAAGCCGUCCACAAGACAAGUCUAAGGUGACAUCGAAGCAGGCCGACGCUAUGCCUCGCAAGGCCUGGGAGCAGCACAGCGACGAAUACGACAUUCAACUCGAUGUGGGCUUCAUCGAGCAGUGCACGCGACGGUUUGAGUCGGGCACACCAUCACCGAUGCCUCCUGCUUACAGCUCGGGUCAGCACAGUCCGGUGCUGCUGCCAACGACCAUUGCUGACGCAGUGGGUCAACAGCAGCCGGAUAGUGGCAGCGAUUUGAUCACCAUGCGACUGCUCGCUGACGAUCAGGGUCGCUAUGGCUUCAAUGUGAAGGGCGGCGUAGAUCUUGGCCUGCCCGUGCAGGUGUCCAAGGUUGUGCCGCACACCCCCGCCGAUCGCUGUUCGCCGCGUGUCUGCGAGGGCGACGAGGUGCUCAUGAUCAAUGGUCGCGACGUGCACGGACUGCGGCACGAGCAGGUGGUGGCCAUGAUACGCGACUGCCGGCAUCAGUCGAGUGGCGAACUGUUGCUCACCGUGCGGCCAAAGCGCUCGGCGCCGCUGCUGCUCGAGGAGGAGCCGCUGUAUCAAUAUGUGCCCGAGAGCGAUGAGAUUGGUUCGCACUCGAAUCUGCUCGAUGGCGAUGCGCUCUUCACGCAGAGUCUGUUGUUGCUCAGCGAUGGUCUUGCCUCGGGUGCUCUGCUUGCCCAGUACGAGCUGAUGUAUCGCAAGAAUCCCGAUCUGGCAAUCACAGAAGCUCGCAAGCCAGCGAAUGCGCCCAAGAAUCGUUAUCGCGACAUUUCUCCCUAUGACUGCACGCGCGUUUCUCUUGUUAACUCGCUAACUGGCGACUACAUCAAUGCCAACUAUGUAAACAUGGAAAUACCAGGCGGCGUUGUGAAUCGUUAUAUUGCCACACAGGGACCGCUGGCCAGCACUACAACCGACUUUUGGCGAAUGGUGCAGCAGGAAAGCAGCCAUCUGCUUGUGAUGCUGACAACUGUCAUGGAGGCCGGACGCCAGAAGUGUCAUCAGUAUUGGCCUGUGACUGGCGAUGAGCUGCAGUUGGGCGAUGGCUUUUCGGUGCGUUGUCUGAGCGAGAAACCCGACGAGACGGGCAGCUUUGUCUUUCGUGAGUUUGUGCUGCGGGAUAAGCACGAACAGCGGCACAUACAUCACAUGCAGUAUCUCGCCUGGCCCGAUCACUGCGUUCCCUCCGAUCCCAAUCUGUUUCUCGAGUUCACAGAGCGCGUGCGUGCCGCCCGCAAUCGCACGCUGCUCCAGGAGAUUGAAGAGAGUCUGAAACAGGUGCGUCUGCUUGACGCCGAUGCCGAUGAGAACGGCGGACUGAUGAGCGAACGGAAAUGCGCGGCUAGCAAUGGUGCCACACCCGAGGACGAGACACCCGUAUCCACCAGCGUGCAUCAAUGCAUCAGCGCUGCGAAUCCGCCAGUGAUUGUGCACUGCUCUGCGGGUAUUGGACGGACUGGAGUGCUCAUACUCAUGGACACGGCUCUGGCGCUAAUGGAGGCACGUGAGCCCGUCUAUCCCCUAGAUAUUGUGCGGACCAUGCGCGAUCAACGCGCCUGCAUGGUGCAGAAUGUGAGUCAAUAUCGCUUUGUCUGCGAAUGCAUUUGUGCAGCGUACAUGAAAAUAUCAAGAAGCAGCGCUGCCAUCAAUGACGACGACGAUUAACCAGCCGCCAGACCCACAUUCUUCCAUCCCCUUCCCCUCCAAGUUCUACUAGUGGACAAUCUAUUACACACAUCUUCCUGUCUAUAGAUAUUUAUAUAAACACAAACAUAUAUACCUACAAUAUAUCCCGUCUAACAAUGAGACGUCUUUGAUUAUUCUCAAUCAACCAAUCAAUGAACCUUUAUCAAUUAUUAUACUAUAUACAAAAAAAAAUACUUAUGAAAUCAAUCUUAUUGUUAGUAAAACCCGUAGACUUAUGUAUGCUUGCAACCAUUAUGUAUAUCAUUACGAUUAUAAUUAUAUUCUUAUUAUGAUUAUCAUUAUUGUGUCUAUACUACCGUACUCUAUAUAUAAUAAUCAACUGAUAACUCUGUAUAUGUCUGUCGCAAAUGGGCAAUAAUCCACGCAAGUGCUGCUGAAGAAACUCUAAGGAAUCAAUUCUAAAUUUUACACAAUACAACAAAGUGAACAAAACUACCUAAUUCAAACGUAUACAAAACAAGCUGAAGCUAAACGCGAUUGCUAUUACGAAUUAAAUGAAUUGCAUUAUUUAUUAAUCCCCCAAGUGGAAAUUACAGAGAAUAUAUUCGAAAACAAAACAAAUAAACAACCAACAACAAUAAUAAAUUCG